CCAUGGUGGAGAGAGUUGGAUCAAGCCUGGACCUGAGAAAAAACAGCUACUUUUGACUUCAGGGAUUCCUCAGAGCUGUAAGACUUGUGACCAUGUUCAGGACUCCACACACUGGCUUCAGAUUGAACCCUUGACUUCCACUGUCCAGGGAGUGACAAUGUUCAGGCACAGGACACCCAAAGGGAGUUAUGAGUGCACAGUGUCUGGGCUCCGCUGGCUGUGUGAGAGAGAUGUCAUUCUGAAGUAUCACUUCAGGAACUGGGAACCAUACAGUCACCUUCUGAAAGACAUGCAGUACACACAAGGUGGUCCAUUGCUGGAUAUCACUAUGGAGUUAGGUGAACUGGAGGAAGUUCAUCUGCCACACUGUGUCUGUUUAGGGACCAACCCGUCCCUGAGGAAUGAGAUGAAGAUUCUUCAUGUAGAGGAACAUGGAGUGUCUUUAGAGGAAGUGCAUGAGGUUACCAGAUUCCAUGCUAAAAUUCUCCAUCCCAAGUUCUCACUUAUCUCUGUUAUACUGAGAUUACUGUCUUUGAACAUAGAUGUCCACUGUGACGUGGUCCUCUAUAUGGCAGUAAAAAGGUCAACAGUCAUUUCAAGGCUGUACCUGCUCCUCAGAAACUCCAGUCAGAAAGAGGCUGUUCAGGAACGGGAGAAAGAUCAGGUGUCCAAAGGAUUUUCAGAAUUCGUCCUGUCAAGUCCAAACGGGCCCUUAAAGCUGAACAGUUUGUUUGCAUUCAAGAAUCCCCACUCCACUUCCAUCAAUCCAGAGAAGAUUCAGCUGUUACCUGCAGACACCACACCAAGCUGUUGUCAGAUGAUUAUGAGAAACACAGGGGUUGACAUUGAGAUGGAAUUAAUCGGGGAAGAUGAGAGGACAGUAUGGAAAUCAGUGGUAUCAAAAGAUGUAUACAGCAAAGACUCUCAUCCAACAUCAUUAAUACUCAUUGGGAUUCCUGCUGAGGAGUUUCUUCAGAAUCACAGGGCUAUACUCAUUCAGGGAGUCAAAAACACAAUGCCAAUAGCAGAUGUUCUGCGGUCAAAGGGCAUGAUUGGUGAUGAAGAGUACUCCAGAAUAAAAGCUGAAACAACUGAACAGGACCGAAUGAGAGAACUACUGAGAUCAGUCCUCCCUAAAGGACCAGAAGUGACGGGAGCUUGUCUCAAAGCUCUCAUUGAACAUGAACACCAUCUUGUUAAGUACUUGAGUGAAUCUAGGUAAGACCGUUUUCUUUUCUCCCUCCCUUGAAUAU